GAGCGUGACGCGAACGCUCUUUGCUGAUUCUGUACGUCGACUGCGAAACCGGCGGACACCGCGUGGCUCGUGCCUGCAGGAAAGAUGACGUCACUAUAGAGCUGGAACGUAUCCAAACAUUCUCUCGUCUGAGAGAAAAAAAGAAAAAAAAACGUCGUCUUGGCUUUGCUCACGGGCACCUGUCUGUCGGAUAGGCAUCGCUGACUCUGUGCGAGGGAAUACCCCCGACGAACGGCCGCCUGUUUCGUCUUGCGCUCUCAUUUGCGUCAGGGGAAGCGACAUAACGCCGCCAUGCUGGUGUCGCGGGUGCCGUGGUGCUCGUUGUGCCGGGGUGUGCUGCAGCGUGCUGCCGCCGCUGGAGCUGCGAGUGGCCCGGCAGAGACUGGCCGGCGGUGGCUCUCUCAGGACGUGGUCAAGGAGCUCGAGACGAUCUUCGGCCCAAAGAACGUCACCACCACUGAGGCCGCCCGCGAGCAGCACAGCCGCGACGAAGGGCCGCACGUGCCCGCCGCGCCAGACGUUGUCGUCUUCGCCCAGGACAGCAGCCAGGUCAGCCGGGUGGCCAAGCUGUGCUACCAGAAGGGCAUUCCCAUGACGCCGUUCGGCAGCGGCUCCGGACUCGAGGGCGGCGUGCAGGCGAUGGAGGGCGGCGUCUGCAUCGACGUCUCGCAGAUGGAUAAGAUGGUCGAGCUGAACGCCAGCGACUUCGACGUGGUCGUCGAGCCCGGCCUCACGUGGCGCAACCUGAACCAGCAGAUCCGCGACACGGGCCUCUGGUUCCCCAUCGACCCGGGCGCCGACGCCUCGCUCGGCGGCAUGUGCUCCACCAGCGCUUCCGGCACGAAUGCCGUGCGAUACGGAACUAUGCGCGAGAACGUGCUCAACUUGGAGGUUGUGCUCCCCGACGGCACUGUCAUCAACACGGCGGGUAAGGGGCGGCGCACGCGCAAGACGUCUGCGGGCUACAACAUGACCAACCUGUUCGUCGGCUCCGAAGGCACGCUGGGCAUCAUCACGCAGGCCACCCUUCGGCUACACUCGGCGCCCCAGGUGACCGUGGCGGCCACGUGUCCCUUCCCGACGGCGACUGCGGCCGUCGAGGCCGUGGUGCAGACCCUGCAGUGCAACGUGCCCGUGGCGCGCAUCGAGUUCCUCGACGAGGUCACCAUCAAGGCUUGCAACAAGUACAGCAAGACCGAGUACAAGGAGGCCCCCACCCUCUUCCUAGAGUUUCACGGCUCCUCUGACGAGGCCGUUCGCGAACAGGUGGACAUGGUGACCGAGAUUGCACAGGGAAACGGCGCUUCAGAGUUCCAGUUUGCGCGUGAGCCCGAGGAGCGCAGCAAGCUGUGGAAGGCUCGGCACGCCAUCUUCUACGCCACAUGCGCACUGCGCCCAAACACGCGCUGCUACGUCACCGACGUGUGCGUACCCAUUUCACGGCUGCCGGCGCUGGUGGCGGCCGCCAUGGAGGACAUCCAGCAGCACGGCAUCUUGGCCACCGUGGUGGGUCACGUAGGCGACGGCAACUUCCACACCAUGAUGCUGUUCGAUCCUAAAGACCCCCAGGAGACGGCCACCAUCUUCGAGGUGGCCCACAAGCUGGCCAGCAGGGCUCUGGACCUGAAUGGCACGUCGACAGGUGAACACGGUAUCGGGAUCGGUAAACGCAGCCUGCUGGUCCGGGAGCUCGGCGAGAACGGCAUCAAGUUGAUGCACAGUUUGAAGAAGGCCAUUGACCCUAAGGGCAUCAUGAACCCUGGGAAGCUGUUUCUCUAGCGAUGUGUUCGCGGGCCACUUCGUGUUUUUCGUUUCGAGCUAAUGUUCGUUGGUGCCGAUAAGCGCUACGGAGCAUCGGCGUUCAUUGCUCCUGACAACGGUGAUCUGUAAACUGGACGAUCUGCGUGACUGGCUCUACAGCCUGUGAUCUGGGACAGUCCAAGCAAAUCAACACGUGUAUCUGGCCAAAAAAAUAUUGUUGCUAUGGUGA